AGAGAUCAGAUUAUCUCUGCAGAGAACCUCUACAGCUCAGAGAUCCAACCAUGGCGCCUACGAUCACGACAGCAAUGGCCAUCUCUCAGGAGCAUCUGAUUCCGAACCACAAGCUCAGAAAGCCUCUGGUGGAGAAGUUACGCAGAGAGCGUAUCAACAGCAGCAUCGAGCAGCUCAAGUCUCUCCUGGGUCCAGAGGUCCUCAAGCAGCAGCCAGACUCCAAGCUGGAGAAAGCAGACAUCCUGGAGAUGACCGUCUGCUUCCUGAGGCAUCUGCAGCAGAAGCAGCAGCAUCCAGAUGUGGAGUCAGCAGCCGUUGAUGCAGGCUACUCCAGAUGUGCUCAGGAGGUGGUGCACUUCCUGUCCAAAGAUGAAGUGAAGACAGAGUCCCAAAGAAAGCUCCUGAACCACUUCAGCACAAUGAGGUCUUUCUCUGUGAAAAGCCCAAGAGAAAAGGACUUCUCUCCUCUGAGUUUAACAGGGCAAAGCUGCAUCAGUAAAGGCAGGAAUCCAGGCCGCAGCGCCCUCUGGAGGCCGUGGUAGACACAUACAGACUGAAGCUCCUACGAGAGAAACCUGGACCACAUUGGUCAUAAUUUAAUGAACUAAAUUCUUAUUUAAGGAUCAGCCUAUUUUCUGUUUGAACAGAUGGUGUUAUAUAUUUUAUAUAUGUGUGUAAUUUUCCAAGAUUACAUUUCCAGUGAAAAUGGGAGCAGCUUUGUCUUUAGUUUUAAGAAGAUCGACAUAUUGUCACGCAUCUUGUAUAGAUUUUCCAUAUUCACACUGGAGAUAAUGUAGUAAUAGGAAUAUCAGGAAUAUUGAUUAUUUUUUGAUUAAUUGUAAUCAUGGUCUCAGGUUUAAAUGUCCGUUUUAUGGACCAUUUCUUUUAAAGAGUGUAACUCUAUUCAGUCUUUAUAGGCUGUUAAAAUACUAAAACAUUUAUGCUUUUAUUUUAUUUUUUGGUAUUUUGUAAGUUUAAUUACAAUUUGUCAACAAUGGUAUUUUUUUAUUUUUUUUUACUAUUGUGAAACAUAUUGAUCACUUUGAUCAAGUAUCCCAUGCUUUUUCUUCAAAUCUACCUCAUUUUAUGUAAUUUGUGAAAAGCAACAAUCUUCUAAAAAUGGAAUUUCACUUU